UGAGUGACGCUUUUGUUAGCUUUUCCGGUCGUAAUCAGCUGAUGGAGCGGAAUACUGUACCUGGCAAACCUGUUUUCACCUUGCAUAAUCGCUUCUUCGUUGGCAUUAGAAGGCACAUAUUUUGUCGGUGGUUAUCGAGAAACCAUACUGUAUGAUGGUUUCAAUGUCAGAUCAUGACUUAGCAAGUUGGCAGGAAUGCAGCCUUUGUGCACGGCCACCUUGAUAAAGCGUGUUGUUGUCCCGGUUUUGUUGGCUCGAUAAAAUUCGCCUGAUAAGGACACCGAUCGAGGCCUGUUUAUCGCGACCGGGCAAGCGGGGAACGACCGGGAGAGAACAGUGAGAUGAAUGCGAGAAGCUACUCAGGGUUGCAUGUCGAUGGGUUUCUGCAUAUUCAGCAGCAAACGACGAUCCCCGAUUCUGCUGCCAACAUGCUUCGUAGCGGGAUAACUGGGAAGAAAUUAUGAGUGUGUGGCAGAUACUACCUUGGAUUUCCUUUGAUGUCCCGUAUAGAGCCUUUUCGGAAGGAAGUCUGGUGCGACGAGAUGUGAUUGCAUGUGUGUGUUCAGCUACUAGUCACUAAUCAUUCUAGUCGACGGAUUCGGUGGAAGUGGAUGAUUUACUGCUUAUCACCCUGAAAUCAGCAGAAUUUUCGUUACACAACUUUUAUUUCGUUUGUUUUACUGUAUUCCUCGUGAAACCGCGGCCCGAUGGAGCACGACCGGUCGUCGUUGAACGUGGCCAUCAUCCCGACGGAGUUGAGUGGCGCUGGAGACGUCGCGGUGGUGGCCGUUCCAGAGUCGUUAGUGCGCUCGCAGUAUUCUGUUCCCGAUGGAGCGGACCACCUGCCCGACAAAUGGCCCGUCCCGGCAAAUUACGGGACCACGGAGAAGGCGCAAGAGGCACAAGAGCGGGAAACGGCCAAGCUGCCCACUUACUACACGGCCAUUCGCCUGGCGCCGCUGACGCUCUUGUUUGGACUGGCCCACGGGAUCGCCGGACCAGCCUACACCGAACUCAUGAAAAUCAGGGUGUGUGGACAGUAUUUUAAUUACACGGAGGAGGUGUGCCAGCAUUUGGAUGAGAAGAUGUACAUCCACCAGGCUGACAAUGUGCGGUCGGCGACAGCGCACUUCCAGCUGUACAACACUCUCAUCAGUACCAUCCCGUCCAUCCUGUUCUCCAUUUUACUGGGAUCCUGGAGCGAUCAGUAUGGGCGCAAAAUUCCCAUGUUGUUGCCAUUCUUCGGAACGUUCAUGGCGCAAGUCUACAUUGUUCUGUGUGCUCAUUUUCCCAUGAGUCCUGCGUUUCUCUUGAUAUCUCCCGUUAUCUCGUCGUUGUCAGGUGGUGGUGUCAUUAUCAACAUGGCCAUGUUCAGCUACAUCGGUGACUACACCACCAAGCGCACCCGUGCCCUCAACAUUGCCAUCAUCGACGGGGCCAUGUUCCUGGCUGGCAACGCCGGCAGCUUCCUGGGCGGGUAUACGUUACAGAACGAUGGCUUGGAGGUGCCGUUUUACAUUAACUGCGCUAUGACGGCCGCUUCCUUUCUCUAUAUUCUCCUGGUAAUUCGCGACCGGCAUCCGCAAGCUGCAAAACCCCGACUGCGCUUUGAAUGCGGCAGUUUAUUCUCCGUGGAGCGGGUCAAAGAAAACUGGCGGACACUGAGCAUGAAACGACCCGGGAAUGCCAGACAGCAUAUUUUACUGGUGUUGUUUUGUAUGCUGCUGUCAAGCACGUGUUUGAUCGGUGACGGUUCGAUCAUGCAGCUGUUCCUGGAAUUUCGCCCAUUCAACUGGACAGUGGAAUUCUACACUCUGUACUCCGCCAUCCAAGGUACCAUCUCCAGCGUGACCUUCAUGGCGGCCGUCAUUGUCCUGCGCAAAUACCUCGGCGUCCCUGACACCGUCCUGGCCAUUUUGGCCACCAUCUCCGCUAUCGGUGCCUUCUUCGGCUAUUCUAUCGCCGUUACAAAUUGGAUGAUCUACGCGGCAUCUGCCGUGGGCGUCUUCCGCAUGGUCAUCAUCGUCGUCAUUCGGUCGCUGCUGUCGGGGAUGGUGCGGCGCAAUGAGAUCGGAAAGGUGAUGAGUCUCAUCUCCUCCCUGCACUCCGUGACGCCGCUGUUGGGCUCUCUGAUCUUCACCAACGUGUUUGCCGCCACGUCGGCAUGGUGGCCGGGUUUCUGCUUCGUCCUGGGCGCCUUCAUGAUGGUCCCAGUGUUGGCCAUUUUCGCCUAUGUGGAUGUGGCGCGACGGGGCGUGGAUGUCGGGUACAAUUUGUUGGAGUCGGAAGAGGAGUGAUUGUUUUCCUGAAUGAUUUUUUAUUGAUCUUACAUUUUAAUAUGUAUAUAUUGUGAUAGCACAGUGUGAAAUAGAGUUUUUAUUGAUUUGAUUUUCUGUUU